AUGUACCACGUCCACGGUCCUACUCUGGAAAUGAUGAUGCAUACAAUGGACUCCGGGCAAGAGAAAAAUAUGACCUAUUAUCGAGAUCCGGCUGCUACAAUAUUGUUUGCUCAUGUGAUUGAAGUUAUACUGGUUAGACAUGCCGACCUAUUCGACAAAGAUUGGAUCCAAUGGUCAGAAGUGGCCGAACAUAUGGUAGAAACUGGACAUGAAAUAGAAUGGUCUCAAACUAGUAGGUUUGCUGAUUAUGGUACAUCUGUGUAUAAUGAGGCGAGAAAGAAGUCAACUGGACACGUGGUCACCGCUACCGAGGUGUUGCCGCAAAACUUUGAAGAGCUGCGUGACUGCCUAAUGAAUUCACGCCAGAUGGAGACCUACUUCAAGCCGGUGCUCGAAUUGGAACAGAUCGAGUGUAUCCGAGCUUCGGCCAUUGGUUGCGCAGCCGUCUGUAAGUUGUCGCCGGCCUUAGUGGAAUACUCGAUUCAGAUGCACGAACAGUUACAUUUGGAGGCCAUCCGCAACUAUUACGUUCCAUACUACCGAACUGAGGAGAAAAAUAUUGCUCAACGCGAGGCUCUUCUGCUGUCGCGGUACAAGGUGACCGGCAAUUGA